AUGGGUUAAAUGUGCUCUACUGGUAAGAAAAUUAAAAUCAAAAUUUACAACUCUUAAGAAAUUAUGACAAUCCUUGAUAAAGAACAAACCAGAAAAAACUUAGAUACUAUCUCUAUUCAAUUUAGAAAUUCAAUCUUCAAUCUUUUUCAAAUGAUUGAUACUCAGAUGUCUCUGAACAAAUAAAAAUUACUCUUUGAAACUGAUAGAAGUAAUGCUCAUAAUUCCAUUCAUAAAUUCUUAAGAAUAUUGAUUAAUCAGUAUUAUAUACCAUUUCAACAAAAUUUUAUGAAUGUUACCUAUCCAAUAAUAGAACUUUGUGUUGUUAAAGUAAUAUUAAUAUUAAUGUAGAUCUUAAUAGAAUCCUAUUUGGCUAUGAAAACCUUAAAUUCAAAAGAAGAAAUUUGGUGGAAUUCCAAAUAUUUUUUAUUUCGAAAAAGUGUGCUUAUUUAGGAAUUCAAAAUGGAUGUAAAACAGUAAAAACCAAGUAUUGAAGCUCCAUUCAUUGAAUAUCUAUAGUUAUUAAUAGAUAUUAUUGAAUAAUAGCUUCAUUAAGGAUGCCACAAUAAUUAAUAAGAAAAAAAAAAUGUUCAUCAAAUCACAGAAUCUCAUACUGAGACUAAUAUAUUCUAUAGUGAACUAAAAAGAAAUAUUGAUUUAUGA